AUGGGGGGCGAUCGAUUUCGGCGGCGCCUCGUGAGGUUUUAUGAGGUGCACAAUCCUUCCUGUCUUUCUUCUGUGGAUGCCAUCUGGCAGACGUACCGUGAUCGCGAAGAAGAUCUUUUCAAAGUGCUGACUGACAAAUAUGGACCUGAACCUGUUCCCCAAGAAGGCGCUGGUGAAUCGUCGCGGCAGCGAGGUUGUGGGCCGAACUGGCAUCAGGGUCAGUUGUCGCUGUCUUUGGAGAAGUUGCAGCUGUCAAAGCAACCUCAAGAAACGACAGAGGACACUGAAGACGCAAAGAAUCUUGCAGGGCCUAAAGUGAACUUGUCCUCGGCUCCCAAAAGGGUCGGCACCAAUGCGGAGAGCGGGGUGCAUUAUCCUCGACAAGCAAAUCUAAAAACUGAAAGAAAUGACAAUUUGCGAGAGAAAUUAAUUGAAUUUUAUCGUGUGCAUAACAAUUCCAUGAUCCCUUUUGUAGACGAAGUUAUUGAGAGCUACCGUGACAAUGAGGAAAGAAUGUUUGAGGAUCUUCACUGUCAAUACAGGACGGCGAGGGAGUUGGUCCUGCCUGUGACUGCUUCUUCUUUCGACGACGUGAAUGCUGUGAUAAAACGUCUUAGCGAUGCGCUUGAAAUAAAAACGGCGGAGACUCUUGCGUUAAAAAAGGAUAAAGAGUAUCUUACAGAGGAGUUGACUGUAUUCAAUAAAUUACAAGAAGAAAUUCAUGAACGCGAAAAACAGUUAAAGACACAGUUGUUAGCUGCUAGAGAACAGCUCCAAGAGUGCAACGGUGGCCCUGAAUUGGAGCUUAAGACAGCUGAGGUGAUUGCCUUAAAAAAAGAAAAUGAACGACUCGCAAAGGAACUGGAUGUUUCGAAUAAACUUCUGGAAAAUGUUCAAGAGAACGAGAAGAUGUUAAAGUCGCAGUUGCUA